AUAUGGAUAACUACAGUACCCAUCUAUCCUCAAUCACAUAAACAAUCAAAGAAAAAGGAGACGUUUCAACACAAACUUUAAGUUUCAAAAAAUGGAAAAUAGGGUCAACCAAAGAAGAGUGUCAUUUUCUAGUCCAGAAUCACAUAAGCAUACAAGAGAUGAUGAAUUUGCAACUGCAAUAGCAGCUACUGCAUAUUCCAUUUAUUCAUUAGAAGAAGCAGGGUUGCUUGAUUUGAAGAAAAUAAAAGAUAGUCCAAAGUUUUCAAAGAGCCCAACUGUAAGAAGAAAAGACGAGAACAUACCAAGGCAACUAAGUUAUGUCCCAGGUGAAACUUCAGCGAAAAGACCAUUAAUACAAGAAAUAAGGACAACAGAACGUGCUUUUCCUCUUAGAAGUUCAAGUGGUAUAUCCCCAACAGGAGGGUACCAAAAGCAAAAAGGGUUUAAAAUACAAAACAAAAAUGAUAAGGUAAAAGCAGAAGCUUGGGAAAAGGCUAAGAUAGAAAGGAUUCAAAAACGGUAUGAAAAGAUGAAGUCCCAAAUCCUCUCUUGGGAGAGUGAGAAAAGAAUCGAAGCAAAACUCCACAUGGAAAGGAAGAAGAAUGAAAAUGAUCACAAAAGAGCAAAUGAAAUAGAACAUUACAAGAGAAAGAUAGCAAGAAUAGAUAAGAUUGGAGAAAGAGCAAUUAAAGAGUUGGAAGAGCAUAGAAGAAAAGAAGAGUUGAAGGUCAGAGAAAAAGCUAACAAAAUCAGAAAAACAGGCAAAGUCCCUGUUACAUGUUUCUGUUUCAAGUCUUUAUAGGAUCAAAGAAUUUAAUGUAAUUUCAAAGAAUUUCUUCCUCAACCUGGCUUCAGAAAUUCAUUCAUAACAAUACAUAACAAAGAUUACUUAUAUACAAAUUUGCAUCUCAUAUUGUUCAUAUACUAUUAUACUUGUUCAAAUUUCAUAUUUAAUGUCAACU